CAAUUUAUUUAUUUUCUUAUUUUCUUUCUUAUUUUUACUAUAUAUUUUUUCUUAAUAACAAUUAAUUAAGUAAUUAAUUAAUUAAUGAGCACAUUUGCAAAGAAGAAGAUAAACGAAGCAUCGCUCGACAAACGUCUGAGCAGAAAGUUGACCGUCGAUGCCCACGAACCUUAUAUUUCUAUCCGUUCUGUUAUCAAAAAGGCUGAUAAAGAGGCAGCUUACACCCUAUGUGAAGCUUAUCAAGACGAUCCAGUAUUAAAUUGGCUGACCGGGUCUAUCAAAGAUCGAGCCAAACGCCUUGAAUUAUAUCAAGACAUCUUCAAGUCACUCAUCAGAGCCGCCGUACGAAAAAGUCGAGAAUUUGCAGUCCAGGUUAAUGGGUGCAAAGGCGUACUGAUAUGGUCCGAGAGCAGUGGAGAGCCUUUGACAUUAGCGAAUGUUCUUGGAAAACGAAAACUAUGGUCCUCUAUAAACGGACUUUCAUUAAUGAGAGCUUCAUUUAUUCAUCACAGAGGCCUUUCAAAGGCUCGAAAAAGACUACUCGAAGGCCGUCGACACAUCACAAUUCACUAUGUGGGAGUUUUACCUGCCGAACGGCGUCACAAUCUCGGAAAUGCACUAGUCCGACAUGUGCUCAAUAAAGCCGACGAUGUUCAGAUGCCAGUGUUUGUAGAGCUUUGGGGACCUGAUCACAUAUCUUGGUUCGAGCGUCUUGGAUUCUCGGUCGAAGAUAGACGAUACCUGACUAGCGACAGUGAACUACCAGUCUUUUACCUCGUUCGAGAACCUCGUGCACCUCCUGCAACUACACUCUCCUCUGAAAGUCACACUUUACAUCUCGAACCACCAAGAGAAGAUACUUUGAUAGAAGGCAAUUGAAAUAAAAUCAUAUAUAUAUAUAUAUAUAUAUUGUGUGUAAAAAAGCAAACAAACGAACAAAAAGAAGUAUUUACUUGAUCGAUCUCACCUUUAUUUUCUAUUUAUUUAUUUUUCAUAAUAGUUUUGUUAAUCUAUUUAAUACAGCUUAAAAGAGACGAAAAAGUAUAAAUAUAUAUAUAAAACAUGUGAAACACAUACACAAUAAAAGGUUUUGUGUCUCUGGUAGACACCUGAAUAUUAUA